AUGUCCAUGGACGAGAUCAUCAGCAAUUUAUGGAUUGGGGACCUGCCGAGCGCCCUCGACGCAGAGACACUGAGGGCUCACAACAUCCGCAGCGUCCUGACGGCCAUGCGCGGUCGGGUGUCCAUUCACGAGACGUUUAUCCGCUUCCAAAUCAACCUCGACGACACAGAAGACGCCGACGUCUUGGGGCACCUCGUCUCUGCGAUCGCCUUCAUCCAGGCCGAGCUGGACAAGGGGAGGGGGGUGUUGGUGCACUGCCAAGCGGGCCUCACACCACCAUAG